AUGAGCAACCUCCAACCCCCCAACACCGUGGCGCCAACGCCUACACCAAGCGGCAGCAAAGACCCUGGCCUGCGAUACCCCAGCAAUGGAAAGAAUAUCUACAGUCGCCCGUUGAAUAGGACCAAGACGGCCGAGCUGAGCCAGGCGAGCUUUGCGUAUCUGUUUGGCGAGAUGGUGACGUAUGCGCAGAGAAGGGUCAAGGGCAUUCAGGAGCUUGAACAGCGACUUAACCUUCAAGGCCACUCUAUCGGUCUCAAACUCCUCGAUCUUCUCCUCUUCCGCGAACCAGCGCGUACGCAGACCCGACCACUCAGUAUCAUUGCCCUUCUCCACUUCAUAAAGCAAAAUAUCUGGCAGCACCUCUUCGGCCGUCAAGCAGACCGACUCGAGAAAUCCGCCAACCCCGAAACACCAGAGGAAUACAUGAUCAUCGAUAACGAACCUCUCGUGAACCAAUACAUCAGCGUUCCCAAAGAAAUGAGCCAGCUGAACUGCGCUGCCUACGUAGCCGGUAUUGUGGAAGGUGUCUGCGACGGAGCUGAUUUCCCAGCAAAAGUUACAGCGCAUACAGUUGCAGAGGGUGAUAUGUGGCCUGGCAAGACGGUCUUUCUCGUCAAGUUCAGACCGGAAGUACUGGAGAGGGAAGGAUUCUUGGGGAAGAACUAG